UUGUGGACUUUGAAUCAAUUGAAGCAGUAGAUAAGGCGUACUUAGGUAGUGUAUACAGGGUCCAUCUCGUCACGUACAGGUAUUUAAAGCACGGGACUACACUGAAGGUCGAAAGAACAGGGAGGCCAUGUUGGAUUUACAGUGAACUACUAUUGUGACCCAGACACCAGAAAUGCUGCACCCCCGGCGCAGUGCCCAGCACGUCCUACUAUGCGACUCCUGUGAAAUUGCCCCCCUACAGAGUCACUGUGAACGUUGUAAUAUAAAUCUUUGUACUAACUGUGUAGACAAACAUCUCUUGGAUUCGUCUAGAAAACACCGAGUCAUACCGUUCAUAGAGAAAUGUUCUACUCCUAACUACCCAAGAUGUCAAAGCCACCCCGACAAACAGGGCGAAUCUCAUUGUGAGAAAUGUGGCCUUCCCGUCUGUUCUACCUGCGUCGCCUUCGGUAAACACAGAGGUCACGAUAUAUCAGAUAUUCAGAAAGAACUCAGCGCUAAAACACAAGGUUUACGAACAGAUUUGAAAGAACUCGAGACCAGAAUUUACCCCCGAUAUCAAAAAAUUGUCUCCGAUGUCCAAACUGAGAAAGUCGAGUUAGAAACGAAGUACGGGAAACUGACCACAGUUGCCGACCAACAAGGAGAAGCCUUACACCGGGAGAUCACCGCCAUUGUCAAGAAACGGAAAUCCGACAUUGCGGAGAUGAAAACUAAACAUCGGACUGCCUUAAAUAAAAACAAAGAUGAAAUCACACACAGUAUUACUGAACUUAAACAAAUCAUUCUAAAUCUGAAGACAAUAUUGGAAUCCAAUGACGUCUCCCUAAUAUCUACCUACAAAUCUAGGAAUGCCGAGUUCAGGAGAUUACCACCAAAAGUCCAAGUUACAUUACCAAGUUUGUCACCUCAGAAAAUAAACACAAAACAGAUCCGUGAAAUGUUUGGUUCUCUGUUGCCAUUAUCCAUUAAUCCAGAAGAACGAGGCUACAUAAUGAGGUCAGUAGAAGCUGUAUCGUCUCCUCCAGUCAAACCACUGCUUGAUGAACCGCGCGUCACCGCAACCAUAGACACUGGGUAUGAAUAUCUAUACAGUGUUAGCUGUGUCAGUGAGGAACAAUUCUGGACACGCGGGAGUAACGAAAUCAUGAAGCUCCUCAACCUCCGGGGUAAACUACUGACAUCAAUACAAACCAAGUCAGGGGACUGGCCAGGGGACAUAGCAGUGACACGGGACGGAGAUCUUGUUUAUAUUGACACUGAUGAUAACACUAUGAACCUCGUUAAGAACAAAAAGAUACAGACGGUGAUCACGCUACAGGGGUGGAAACCUCUCGGUGUCUGCAGUACCUCAUCUGAUGGUUUCCUGGUUACCAUGAUCAGUGAUGAUAGAAAACAAUCCAAAGUUGUGCGUUACUCUGGCUCCACAGAGACACAAACCAUUCAGUUUGAUGAUCAGGGUCGUCCUCUAUAUUCAUCUGCUUAUUGCAUCAGUGAAAACAGGAACCUGGAUAUCUGUGUGGCUGACUGGGGAGUUGGUGCAGUAGUGGUGGUCAAUCAGUCAGGAAAACUCCGAUUUAGAUACACUGGUCAUCCCUCUAAAACCAAGCAAUCAUUUGAUCCAUACGGCAUCACUACAGACAGCCAGAGUCACAUCCUGACAGCAGACUAUGAGAAUCACCGUAUCCACAUCCUAGAUCAGGACGGACAGUUCCUCCGUUACAUUCAUUGUAAUUUAGAACUUCCAUUCGGUUUAUGUGUGGACAUCAGAGACAACCUCUUUGUGGCUGAGUGGGUCACUGCUAAAGUGAAGAAAAUCCAAUAUCUAUCAACACAGUGUUCAUCACAGAUAACUACUAUUGUGACCCAGACACCAGAAAUGCUGCACCCCCGGCGCAGUGCCCAGCACGUCCUACUAUGCGACUCCUGUGAAAUUGCCCCCCUACAGAGUCACUGUGAACGUUGUAAUAUAAAUCUUUGUACUAACUGUGUAGACAAACAUCUCUUGGAUUCGUCUAGAAAACACCGAGUCAUACCGUUCAUAGAGAAAUGUUCUACUCCUAACUACCCAAGAUGUCAAAGCCACCCCGACAAACAGGGCGAAUCUCAUUGUGAGAAAUGUGGCCUUCCCGUCUGUUCUACCUGCGUCGCCUUCGGUAAACACAGAGGUCACGAUAUAUCAGAUAUUCAGAAAGAACUCAGCGCUAAAACACAAGGUUUACGAACAGAUUUGAAAGAACUCGAGACCAGAAUUUACCCCCGAUAUCAAAAAAUUGUCUCCGAUGUCCAAACUGAGAAAGUCGAGUUAGAAACGAAGUACGGGAAACUGACCACAGUUGCCGACCAACAAGGAGAAGCCUUACACCGGGAGAUCACCGCCAUUGUCAAGAAACGGAAAUCCGACAUUGCGGAGAUGAAAACUAAACAUCGGACUGCCUUAAAUAAAAACAAAGAUGAAAUCACACACAGUAUUACUGAACUUAAACAAAUCAUUCUAAAUCUGAAGACAAUAUUGGAAUCCAAUGACGUCUCCCUAAUAUCUACCUACAAAUCUAGGAAUGCCGAGUUCAGGAGAUUACCACCAAAAGUCCAAGUUACAUUACCAAGUUUGUCACCUCAGAAAAUAAACACAAAACAGAUCCGUGAAAUGUUUGGUUCUCUGUUGCCAUUAUCCAUUAAUCCAGAAGAACGAGGCUACAUAAUGAGGUCAGUAGAAGCUGUAUCGUCUCCUCCAGUCAAACCACUGCUUGAUGAACCGCGCGUCACCGCCACCAUAGACACUGGGUAUGAAUAUCUAUACAGUGUUAGCUGUGUCAGUGAGGAACAAUUCUGGACACGCGGGAGUAACGAAAUCAUGAAGCUCCUCAACCUCCGGGGUAAACUACUGACAUCAAUACAAACCAAGUCAGGGGACUGGCCAGGGGACAUAGCAGUGACACGGGACGGAGAUCUUGUUUAUAUUGACACUGAUGAUAACACUAUGAACCUCGUUAAGAACAAAAAGAUACAGACGGUGAUCACGCUACAGGGGUGGAAACCUCUCGGUGUCUGCAGUACCUCAUCUGAUGGUUUCCUGGUUACCAUGAUCAGUGAUGAUAGAAAACAAUCCAAAGUUGUGCGUUACUCUGGCUCCACAGAGACACAAACCAUUCAGUUUGAUGAUCAGGGUCGUCCUCUAUAUUCAUCUGCUUAUUGCAUCAGUGAAAACAGGAACCUGGAUAUCUGUGUGGCUGACUGGGGAGUUGGUGCAGUAGUGGUGGUCAAUCAGUCAGGAAAACUCCGAUUUAGAUACACUGGUCAUCCCUCUAAAACCAAGCAAUCAUUUGAUCCAUACGGCAUCACUACAGACAGCCAGAGUCACAUCCUGACAGCAGACUAUGAGAAUCACCGUAUCCACAUCCUAGAUCAGGACGGACAGUUCCUCCGUUACAUUCAUUGUAAUUUAGAACUUCCAUUCGGUUUAUGUGUGGACAUCAGAGACAACCUCUUUGUGGCUGAGUGGGUCACUGCUAAAGUGAAGAAAAUCCAAUAUCUAUCAACACAGUGUUCAUCACAGAUAUAAACACGGUGUUAAUUACAGAUAUAAACACGGUGUUAACAUAACUCAAGUGACCCCCAAACGUCCAGUCUUCUGAUUCAAGGUCACAGUCUUCUGUUUACCUUUAAUGACGUCACAACACGAAUCUAAAUCUCCACAGUCCUACAAAAUAAACACAGAUAGAAAUCUUAUCAAACUCAAUUUCCAAGAAUAUUGUAUUAAUUUACUUCAACAAAGAACUGACUUGAUUUAGCCAGUCUUGACAAUUGAUACUGAUCC